GAGGCUUGAUAUGUAUGACAGCGGGGUCAGGGAAGGAAUGACUACCUACGAUGCAUACAAGCCUACCUCGCUACCUACUUACCCAUUCUGCUUCCACCAGCUUCCACUCUAUGAUAACCAUGAAACCCCGCUACACCCACCCAGUCCUCAAAUCGUCCUCAAUCCUUUUCAACUCUACGCCAUAUUCGAAAUUCUGCAAUGCUUGAUAGCUUUCAACAGAGCAACAGGUGGUAAGAUGACGAGCAUAUCUGGAAGCGAAGAUGCGUCUGGGAAUGGUUCACACCAGAGACUCUCUCAGCGCCGACGUCUGAAAGCGAGUCCUCCGGCUUGUCCCGUAUGCCUCGAUCUUAGACCAGAUCUUCUGCAGACGUAUCAUGAAGGACCAACUUUGACCACAAGAUGUGGAAGUGUAUUUGAGCAAAAUUCAUGCCGCAUUUGUCGGUAUAUCACCGAUGCGAUUUUGCAACUAUCAAAGCCACUAGUGGCUGAUCAUGUGGAUCUUAUACCUUCUCUACAUCCCAUAGAGCUCGAAGUCGUUCUUCACGAGGGAUAUAACACAGAAGUCAAGGUUUCCAUACUCGGGUUCGACUUAUCCGUCGAAAUAUUUGCUCUCACUGGUCAGACAAUACUCCCCUCCUUCUGUGCAACCGAAGUUAACACACUCACAAAGGAUUCUCUUCCCCUGUAUUCGCCUUUGAGGACGCACCUGAUCGGCCUGCGGUACUUGAUAUCACCACUUGCACUCAAUUCAUAGAGAGAUAUUUAGAGGAGUGUGAAGAAGACUCACAUUCAUGUUGUGAGUCCGAAGUUUCAGAGAUGCCAACUCGAUUGUUGUUCAUUGGAUCAACUGGCUCUCCUUGUUUGAAGCUCGUAGAAGCACCAUCGACUAAGCAGAAAUAUGUCGCCCUGUCGCACUGUUGGGGAGACCAGUCGGGAAUUCUAAAGACAACCAAAUCUACCCUUGAAGAACGACUCCUCGACAUUUCCUGGAAUUCUCUGUCGAAGACCUUCCAGGACUCAAUACAAAUCACUCGCUCCUUAGAUAUCAAGUUUCUAUGGAUUGACUCGCUGUGUAUUGUUCAGAAUGACCCCUCGGAUUGGGAGAAGGAGACCGUGAAAAUGGCCCAAAUAUAUUCCCAGGCGUACUUGAUCAUUGCAGCAGCCAGUGCCUCGUCUGGGUCCAUGGGAUGUCUUUCUCAAGGUUUUCUCCGGAACUUGGGGACAAAUCCAUUUCCACCGUUCGCCUUCGGCACGAAAAUGACCCGUGUGGCCACGCAAUCCAUGCUCGUUACACCUCUCAAGCCCAUUCUAGUUUCGGCCGCGGUCAUGGGACCGUACCACUAUAGCCUCGGGCGUGGGGUUUUCAAGAAAGAUAUCUUUCUCGUCGCACAAUUCAUUUUCACGCCGAAGAGAUGAUAUGGGACUGUCGAGAAUCCAGGUAUUGUGAGUGCGGCUAUUACGCUUGGAGAGAGGAUUACGGAUUAGGCGAUCUAGAUCACUUAGUCUCUCAUGUUUGGGAUACUGACCGGCUAAGAACUUCCUUAUCUAAAGUUUUUCGACGAUAGUUAACACGAAAGAAAGCUUUCAUAACAUGGCUUCAAGCAAUCGAAAUAUUCGCGGAAAUGGACAUUACAUAUCAGUUGGAUAAGCUGUCUGCAUUGUCCGGAAUUGCAAGCUAUUUGGUUCCUGUGAUGAAGAGUCAUUGUAUAGCCGGGAUUUGGGAAUACAAAAUGGCCACUGGACUGAUGUGGAACAAUAAAAAAGGUUGCGCAAGGGGUCGAAGGGUUGAGAAUACAGCGACACGAUAUAUACCGACGUGGUCGUGGGCAUCUUUGGAGAAUGAUUCACAGAAGAGCAUAGAAAUGCCUAUAAUUAGGUUGAGUUCGGGGCCUGUUACCAAGGAUGCUGCCUUUUCUUGGACAAGCUUCCAAGCAGCACAAUGGAAAGUCGUUUCAUUCUUGACGAUUGACGACGCGGUUUUACGAGUCAAGGGUCUCUGUAUAUCUUGCAUAACAGAACCUGGCUGUCCUCAGGAAAUAAAUACGGCAGACUUCGGGGUGGCGAAUAGCUUAUCUUUCCGCGAUCAAAUCGCUGGGGAUUUCUACAGAGACCUUUACACGAAGUCACUGCCAAACGAGGUUAUUUGUAUCUUGCUCGGCGAGGGGGAGGUGACUGGGAGAAUUUUCCUUUUCAAUUUGCUAUUGUUCUCGAGUCUUGCGGACCGACAAUGCCGGGACGGUAUAGGAGAAUAGGGCUUCUCGAAAUUGAACGCUACUAUGAAUGGUUUAAAGACGCAGAACUGAGGUCUUUAGAGAUUAUUUAGAGGUUUGUUUCAUCACGGUCAGCACGAGGUGGUUUGUAUUUUGGCGUCUUGUUUCUUAAAUAUAUCACCUACAAAACUAUGAAGGUCUGAGAAUUAAUGAAUGGCAU